UUCUCCUGCGUCGUCAGGAUGUCCCCACCCUCGCCCGCAUCCCUUCCUAUCAGGAUCCAUCCGUCCCACGCCCCUUUUGGGGUGUGUUUCCCCCCACCCCCCUUAUUUUCCCUUUACGAGCAUCGGAGGGAGAGAAGCAGGCAGGCGCUCUUUGUCUCUGACCCCGGAGAGGCCGGCCAGACAGGGCGGGCAGGUCCCCGCCGCACCGCUUCCUCGCGGGGAAACCGUCUUCUGCUCGGCGCGGCCAGGUGGUCGUUGGGCUCUUGCGCUCGUCGCCCCUUCUCUUCCUCCUCCUCCUCGCGGGCUAGGUCCCAGGUCCUCGACAGAUACCGAUCAUCAGAGGCUGGUCCUAGAAGACAUGUACAUCCUUUUGACUUUGCACACAAUUCAUGGCAGGGGAAUAUUUAAAUCCCUGUGAAGGCCCUGUCUCUAAUGAACUGAUGCAGUACCAGGCUGAGAGCAAAGUGUGACUUUCCAUAAAGCAUCAUAUAUGCUGAAGCUCUUGCACAUUAGAAGGCAUCGUCUCCUUUUUAAAGGGACAAAUCUGCAUGGCCUAAUGACAUUUGGUGUAGUGAUUAAAGUGCUGGCCUAACAACCAGGAGACGGUUUAAUUCCAUUCUUGCACCCUGAGACAAGAAGCAGUGCAGUUGGGGUGCCAGCUUUCCAGACAGCCUCGUGAUGGCCCACCUUGAACACAAGCAGACGGCAGAGAGCCCUAGAAUUGCCACUGAAGUCACAAGGGAUAAGUUGAUGCCAUCACGGCCUCAGCCAAACAGAAGGUGCAACCGAUACUUUCCAUACAUGGAUGGGAAGAAAUGCAGUGUAUGGAUGUUCUUACCUCUUGUCUUGACAUUGUUUACCUCAGCAGGACUGUGGAUUGUAUAUUUUAUAGCAGUAGAGGACGGGAAAAUUCUUCCACUAAAUGUGCCAUACAGCAAACCAACUUCUUUAAGGCCGCCAUAUAUAAGUAUUGCAGGUGAUGUCCCUCCUGCUAGCUGUGUAUUUAGCCAAGUCAUGAACAUGGCAGCAUUCCUAGUACUGGUCAUAGCUGUCCUACGCUUCAUUCAGCUAAAGCCAAAGGUUUUGAAUCCAUGGCUCAAUAUCAGUGGCUUGGUGGCCUUAUGCUUGGCUUCUUUUGGAAUGACCCUUCUGGGCAACUUCCAGCUUUCCAAUGAUGAAGAAAUACACAAUGUUGGCACCUUUUUGGCCUUUGGGUUCGGCACUCUGGCCUGUUGGAUUCAAUCCGCACUAACCCUCAAAAUAAACUUGAAGAACGAAGGUAGACAAGCUGGAAUCCCACGAGUGGUUUUGUCGGCAGCAAUAACUCUCUGCCUAGUCCUGUAUUUCAUUUUGAUGAGUGAGUUUAAGUCCCACAUGGACGCGUCACGAGUCCAGUGGGGAAUGGUGAUGUGCUUCCUAGGUUUCUUCGGCUCCUUUGCGGUGGAAUUCAGACACUACCGGUUUGAGAUCAUUUGCUCCGAGUACCAAGAGAAUUUCCUCAGCUUUUCUGAAACUCUCUCUGAAGCCUCUGAGUAUCAAACCGAUCAGGUGUAACCCAGCUCCCAUUGACCAGGCGGAUGAUGUUUGAUGUCAAACGAUUGAACUCACGGCCUCUUUCAUUUACCGUGUUUUAAGCUUUUUUGCUAAUUUCUCCCUGCAAUCACCCUUUCUUUCUUUCUUUCUUUCUUUCUUUCUUUCUUUCUUUCUUUCUUUCUUUCUUUCUUUCUUUCUUUCUUUCUUUCUUUCUUUCUUUCUUUCUUCCUUCCUUCCUUCCUUCCUUUUCCUUUUUCUUCUGAACAAAGAAUAAGAUGCCUCUUUGCAUGGAUGUGCAAAAUGUUUCCAACUGUUUGAGCCUGAACAUCCUGCCUCAAAUUCUGUGGAGAUUCUCAGUCAUCCAGAUCAUGCUUGUCCCAAAGGUGCUUUUUUUUUUUCCUUCCCAAAAGGCAAUGGGACUUUGUUUUUCCUUGAAGACAUUUUGCUUCUCAUCCAAGAACUGAAGAAGUUUCUUGGAUGAGAAGUGAAAUACCUUCAAGGAAAGAAACAAAAUCCAGCUGCUUGUUGAAAAAAAAAAGCCCCUUUGGGACAUCCCGCCUCAAACGCAAAAUGGCUGUUCUAAGCGCAAAGCGGGAUGCUGUCAAACUUCCUGCAUGUUUUCUGGACUCAAGGCACAUUUUCCCCAAUGUUCAAAACAGUCUACUUCUUGCUUAGAACAAUUGUCACACAUUUAGGACAGGGUGCUUUGUCCUCAAUUGGAAACAUUUGGCCCACACUACCUCUUCGCUUUUUUUUCUUUCUUUCUGGGUAAGGCAUUUUAUAACACGGUAUGAGAUGCUGAGUCAUCGAGUUUACAUUUGUUUCCCAUAGUCCUCUUGGGACUGGCUGGCAGAACUUAAUUUUGCAUUAUGUUGUUACAUAAAACAGGUAGCAGAGAACUAUGAACUGUUUUUCAUACAUACAGUAUAUGCGAUUGCACCUUGAAGGACAAUGAAAAAAAGAAAGGGUCUUGUUAGCUGCAAGUUUUAGACCAGGAUUACACAGCAACCAUGGUCUGUGGACGUAUCAUACGGCAUCCACCGGGUGCAGGUGUGUCCAGAUGAUGUGUGAAUAAGUUGCAGUGCAGGCUGCAUCUGGUGUCUAUGUGCAUACACCAUACAGAAGACAGGCUAUGAUUGUGACAGGGUUAUGAUUGUGACAUCAGAGCAAAUAUCUUAUAUAUCAGGAGUAUAUCUGCUGGAUACCAUUGUGUAUAUACUAUAACCUGUACAUUUGGCCAUGGAAGUUACAGUUCCCAAGUCUAUUAUGAGGUUGCAAACCAGUUUCCUGUGUUACUAAGUUUCUGGGGUCAGUUGUCUGCUAAGGUGCAAUGUUAUCUUUCCUUCCUGUUUUUUGCAUUUCAGACUCUUCGAAAGGAACUGCCAACUUUACCCCAGUAUGGUCCAUUAGAGAGUGAGGCAGAUGGUGCUUGACCUCACAAAAAUCAGGGCUUGGACUGUCAGUCUAUCUGCCUUCCCAUAUUCUGGUGCUUUUACCACUCUUUAUACUGAAAACAGGUUCACUUCUCACUGACUUGGAGAACAAGAACACAAAAAAACAGGAACAUUUUUAUGCAGCUUCCCUCUGGGGCCCAGUUAAUGGAUGGUGGGCAGCUAUAGAAACUUAGCCAGAUGAAGAUUUGUGUUUCAAGGCCUUUAAUAUUUUCACAGAGGCAGGAAUCUCAAGGAACUGUCCUGCAAAAUCCUCCUUCUAGACAAUUUUUCAAGUUGCAUACAAGUUUUCUUUCUCUUAUAUGGCCUGUAUACUUAACACACCUUUUUUUCAGAGAUUGGAAGAUGUUUCUACUUUGGAAUGUUAAAGACUUAGAUAUGCCAAUGUGAAGCUGUGGGGUACAGUCGUUACUUAAGGAGAAAAAUGUAACAUUGCUUGAAGUGCAAAAAAAAUAAAAUUAGCAGAUGUUGGAAGGUUAACCAAGUAGCAAUAACAAGGAGCUUAUAAAGGGCAAUUGAAAAGUUGCUAAUUUGCCAUAUGGAAUAAUCAAAUAUCUACAGUUGAAGAUAUUUAGAUUUUUGGGAUGAAAUCAUUUGCCACCCUCAGAAAAUAUUUCAACAACGAAUUGUGCGAAAAGCUGAAGUUUAAUAAUUAGAAAUAGGAGACUUGUCAAAGUGAUAAUGGUUUUCAAUAUAGGACAUAAACCCACACAAAAUUGUAAAAUACACAAGUGUUUCUAUAUUAGAGGGGUUUAUGAGAGAGGCUGUAAGUUAAGCUAAAUGCUGUUCAGAUGUUUAGAUCUCAUUUCCCAUCAGCUCUGGACAGGAUGGCCAAUGGCAAGAGAUUGUAUUACAAACAUCUGGUGGGUAACAGGUUGCUUACCCCAGCUGUGAAGGAAUCCAUGCCAGCUGUGCUUGCCUAGUUAUGAAAAGGUUGAAAACCUAAGAAAGCCACCAACAAGUAGCUAAAUGAGUUUGUUAAAAUGUGUUUUACUGUAAAUAAUUCAUUGUCAAUUUUUAAAAAUCUUUUAUGUUGUAUCAUUUAUAGUUUGCAUUUUUUCUGAAAGGGAGGAAAAAUGAUUUUGUGAACAUUUUCUCUCUCUAUUCAAUAUGCAACCCAACUUUUUUUUCAUGAUAAUAGUGUAAAUAUCUUUUAAGUAUUCCUUAUGGCACAUUUUUCAAUAUGGUCGAGCAAAGACUUCAUAACUGCAUACUGACACAUGACCACUGAAUAAAUUUCUUUUAUGGAAA